GACGUUUGUAUCACGUGAACAAUUAGCUUCCUUGUUGUUGAUUUCGUGACAACCCAAAAAUACACAAGAUUCCAGCUUCUGAAAUACAGACGUAGCAGUACUUCAAUAUGGCCGCUGGUGAGACAAUCUCGGAGUCUCUGUUUGUAGCAGCUAUAGACUUUGGUACAACGUUUUCUGGGUAUGCUUUUGGUAAUAGAAAUGAUUACAAAGAUGAUCCCUCCAAAGUAGCCGGCUGUCACUGGAGCACUGGGUCACAACCAGGGCUAUCCCUUAAGACACCGUCAUGUAUUUUGUUUGACCCUGAACAAAACUUUGACUCCUUUGGUGGAGAAGCAGAAGAUAAAUACACAGAGCUAGCACAAGAGGAUGAACAUGGUGACUGGUAUUUUUUCAGAAGAUUUAAAAUGCAGCUUUAUGGCAAAGAGGAAUUAUCAAAAGACUUCAUGUUGGAAGGAGAAAAUGGUUUACAAAUGCCAGCCAUAAAAGUGUUUGCAGAAAGCAUCAAAUUUCUGCGAACACACUUUGAAGACCAUAUAAAGAAUAAAGCCGAUGAAAUCAAACCACGUGAUGUAGAAUGGGUGUUGACAGUACCCGCCAUCUGGCCAGAUCCGGCUAAAAAGUUCAUGAAGGAAGCUGCUAAUGCUGGAGGAAUACCCAACAGUCGCCUGAUCUUGGCGUUAGAACCAGAAGCUGCAUCUAUCUACUGUAAAAACUUACCUGUCGACAGAACUCUUUCUACUGGUGGAAGAUCUACCCUCGAUGCGUUUGCUCCGGGGACACAGUAUCUUAUACUGGAUGCAGGAGGUGGCACGGUUGAUAUUACUGUACAAGAAAUAAAAGACGAUGGCGACAUUAAACAGAUCUUCAUGGCCAAUGGUGGAGAUUGGGGCGGAACUAAAGUCGACGAAGCAUUUGACGAAUUCCUGACGGAUAUCGUUGGAUCAGAUACGGUCGACAAGUUCCGGAAGGAUGACAAGGUCGAUUAUCUAGGUCUGUGUAGAGAAUUUGAAGUGAAAAAGCGAAGUAUUCGCCCAGACAGCACAGCUAAAAUAACAAUUCGAAUUCCAUUAAGUUUAAGUGAAAGAUUUCAAGAAGUAAAAGGAGUUUCACUGAAAAGUUCCUUCAAAUCAAACAAAUCAAUGUCAUGGGUAGGUGAUAAAUUACGUGUUGAUCCCGACACCGCUAAAAAGUUCUUUGAAGAACCAUGCCAACGCAUUGUUGACCAUCUGAAGGAUUUAUUCCAGAAAGGAGCAGUUGUCGAUACGGACAUCAUUUUAAUGGUUGGUGGUUUUUCUGAAUCACAAAUACUGCAGGAAGCAAUAAAGUCGGCAUUUCAAAGCAAAACUGUAAUAAUACCAGAAGAUGCAGGUCUUGCUGUGCUCAAAGGUGCAGUUCAGUUCGGAUUUAAUCCUAAGGUUAUCAGUCCAAGAAUCCUUCGAUACACCUUUGGAGUCAGUACAAAUAUGCAGUUCCGUCCACAUACUGACCCAGAAGAUAAGAAACAUAUUACUAAUAAUAAGAUGUAUUGCCGGGAUAGAUUUGGAAAGCAUGUCGGGAGAGGAGAACCGGUGGAGUGCGAUGAUCUAACCAAUACGAAAACAUACAAUCCAUUAACAGAAAACGCGAGUAAAAUUGUACUUCCCAUCUAUUCGUCUCGUUCCGAAGAUCCACAAUAUAUAGACGAAGAAGAUUGCACUUAUAUCGGGAAAUUUGAGGUAGAUUUGUCAGAUGUAACUGGUCCUGAUCGGGACGUCGAGAUCGGGAUGAAAUUUGGAGGGACUGAUAUAACUGUCGAAGCAACGAUUAAGUCUACUGGACAAAAAAUUGAAGCACGUUACAGGUCUUAUUUAAACCAGUAAAUGAUGUGCCAUAUGCAUUGUAAACAUCGUUUAUUGAGACAAUUUCAUUGUACAUUUAUAUAGUUUAGAGUUUGUUAUACUUAACAUGUUGCUACGCGUGAAUUUCAUUAAUUACAUUAUAACUGUAGUUAUAGAUUUAUUACUGUUAAAAGGGCUUUUAAAUUUUUCUGAGUUCGAUUCCAAAAAAAUGAGUAUUCCCUUAAUAUAUAUCAGUAUAUCAGUACAAAAAAAUCAUUCCCGUUAUUUUGUUUAACAGUUUUUAUCCAAUAGCUAUAUUUGUCAGAAGAACAUUAAAAACAAAUUUGAUACUUUUGCGGUCAACUUUUUAAAAAGUUUAUGCCACGUCGUAGGCAGUUGUUUUACUAAUAAUUUAAUAAUGUUAUUUGACUGGUCUCUUAAACUUUUUGAUUACGCCCAGUUAAGGGGGUUAAUUUUUAGCUCACCUGGCCCAAAUGGCAAAUUGAUCUUUCUCAUCAAUUGGCGUCCGUCGUUAUCAUUAUUAUUGUCGUCCGUUAACUUUACAAAUAUCUUCUCCUAUGAAACUACUAGGCCAAUUUUACCAAACUUGGCCACAAUCAUCACUAGGGAAUCUAGUUUAAAAAUGUGUCCGAUGACCCCGCCUGCCAACGAAGAUGGCCGACAUGGCUAAAAGUAAAAUAUAGAGGUAAAAUGUAGUUUUGUCGAGCCUGCGACAAAAGUCGCAGAAAGCUCGACAUAGGGAUAGUGAUCCGGCGGCGGCGGUGUUCGCAAACUUCUUAAAAGCUUUAUGUUUUAGAAGGUGGAAGACCUAGAUGCUUCAUACUUUGUAUAUUGAUGCCUCAUGUUACGAAGUUUCCGUCAGUUACAUGUCCAAUAUCCUUGAACUCAUUUUCAUGGUUCAGUGACUACUUGAAAAACAAGUUCAAAAUUUUUGUAAUGUUAAAUUUUCUCUUAGUAUAAGUGAUAGGAUAACUAUAUUUGGCAUGUGCGUACCUUGCAAGGCCCUCAUGCCCGUCAGACAGUUUUCACUUGACCUCGACCUCAUUCAUGGAUUAGUGAACAAGGUUAAGAUUUGGUGGUCAAGUCCAUAUCUCAGAUACUAUAAGCAAUAGGUCUAGUAUAUUCGGUGUAUGGAAGGUCUGAAAGGUUUACAUGUCCAACUGGCAGGUGUCAUCUGACCUUGACCUCAUUUUCAUGGUUCAGUGUUUAUAAUAGUUAGGUUUUUGUGUUUUGGUCUGUUUUUCUUAUACUGUAUACAAUAGGUCAACUAUAUUUGGUGUAUGGAAUGGUUGUAAGGUGCCCAUGCCUAGCUGGCUGGUGUCAUCUGACCUUGAUCUCAUUUUCAUGGUUUAGUGGUCAAAGUUAAGUUUUUGAGUUUUGGUCUUUUUUUCUAAUACUAUAUACAAUAGGUCAACUAUAUUUGGUGUAUCGGUCAUUAUCAAAAAACAUGCAAAACUAUGUUAUUGGGUCUUUUUAAGUCACAGACAUGAAAAUAUACCAAAAUAACACUUGCGUAUGUUAAAUAUGAAUGUUUUGUGAUACACAAUAUACAGUUUACAGUAUGAAAUGUUAUAAAAAUCAUCCUUAAUGUUUUUUAAAACCCUUGGAGAUAGCCAGAAUUAACUGUUACUUUUUACUAUAAAUCCUUUCAGACUUGAAGUAGGACUAUUAUUCAUAUCAUUUGUUAUUAUGAUUUAUCACUUUUGAUUGCAUUUUGAUACAUACAAACAUUUUUUAAUGAUUUAGGAGGUGUAUGUUUGUUUUAUAAUAAAAAUUUUCACCAAAAGGAAAUGUUACAUUUUUUUAAGUCAAUGGUGUUACCAAAGGAGAAAUUAGUUGGAUAAGAGUUAUCUUUCGCAAGAUUUGGGCAUUUACAACAGUUUCUCCCUUAGCAAUGUUACCUGUAAGCAUGUUAUGAAAAAGAAAACAAACAAUUUUGUUGAAAAUUUAGUGAAAAAAAACUUAUAUAAAAGUGAAAGCUAUAUCAUAAAUGAAAAUAGUGUCCAUGGUGUACCCUUGUAAAAAAUAUUUUUUUGAAAACAUUUCCUCAACUUUGAAUUAGGAAAUAUAUUGCUUAUAGAAACAUGCACCAGUAACAACAUAUAGAAUAGGGGACUGGAGCACUUAUUUCGAAACUGAAUCUUAAAAUACACCUUAAAUCAUUGGUGUUACUGUCAAUGGUGAGACCAUUUUGAUAAAAUAACACCUUUAACCAGUUUAGUAACACCACUGAAUAUAUCAUGACAAUCGGCAUUGUUUUGUGUUUCUUUCAUGUUUAACAAGCGAAACAUCAUAUUAUUUAUGAAAAACAAUACUGUUUCAACAAUGUUUUAACAAUAUUAUGUAUCACAAAAAAAAAGUUUUCACAAACUGAUGUAUGCUGGCAACACCAAUGACACUAUCUAGUAACACUAUUGACAUUUUUAGUAAUGGAUGUUAUGUUAUAUAAUUUGAGAUUUUUUAGCCUAAGAAGUAUUUUUUCAUCUUUUUCUUUUGCUCGGUGUUCUUGGCUUUGUGGUCAGUAAUUAAUAAAAGUAAAAUUUGAAAUGUGAUGUCAGAUCAUGUCAAUGGUGAUACUUUUGUGUCAUUGGAGUUACUGAAGGGUCAGUGGUUUUACUAUAUAAUAAUUUUAACGGCUGUACUAUUUCCUGCAUCAAUUGUAAAUAAAAAUAGCAGGUAAGCGACAAAGGCUCCUUGGAGCCUCUAGUUUUAUGUUUCUUCCCCUUUACAUUUUUUAUUCAUAAAUGAAAGUGUUUUAGGUCAUAUACAAAGGAUUAGGUAUAUUAUUAUCAUUUAAUCUCAUACAUUUCACAUAUAUUCAGUUUAAGCGUAAUUUUUGGUAUUUACAACGACCAUAAUAAGGACAGACAACUUUUUUACGACAAUGUAUUCUGAAAUUUAUGUUUGAAUAGAAUGCACAGCUAUAUGAAUAAUGUCAAUAAGUAAUAAUUUAAACCUUAACAACAAAUUGGAACAGUUGUUUGAUGUUUAAC